AUUGUCAAUGUCAGAAAAAGAGAAUGCAGGAGAUAUUUCUUAUGAAUAGAAUCUAGAAGAAAUUCGUGUGAGUAACGCGUAGAUGCUAAUUAAAGUGAGUGAAUAGUUGACAAAGAAGCUGGAAAAGAGACCUUUUGAAUUGAUCUUUUUUUUUUUCUUUUCUUUGAUUUAAGUGGCAAAGUUGAAUUUGUGUCGGUGAUUGUUUUUAAGUGAAUAAGAAAAGUAGUAGAGACAGGAAACAGGUGUGCUUUCUCUUCAACAGAAAGCAAAAUGGAGAAACCAGAGGAAGAAGUUGAGAUUAAGGAACUGGUAGGGCUUGUGAGAAUCCAAGUGAAGAGAGGGAUCAAUCUUGCUCGUCGAGACGCUUUUAGCAGCGACCCUUUUGUCGUCAUAACCAUGGGAUCACAGAAGCUGAAAUCUUUUACUGUGAAAAAUAACUGCAACCCAGAGUGGAACGAAGAGUUGACCCUUGCGAUCGAAAAUCCCAAUGAACCUGUGAAUCUGAUGGUGUAUGAUAAAGAUACAUUCACAUCAGACGACAAGAUGGGAGAUGCGGAGAUAGAUAUGAAACCAUUCCUAGAGAUUCACAAAAUGGGUUUGCAACAACUUCCAGACGGAACAGAGAUCAAGAGAAUUGUACCAACCAGAGACAACUGCUUGGCUGAAGAUAGCAGAAUCGUCUAUGAUAACGGCAAGAUCGUUCAGGACAUGAUUCUUGUGUUGAAGAAUGUCGAAUGCGGCAAGAUCGAGAUCCAGCUUGAAUGGUUAAAAAAUCCAGGUGGUAGUGGACUCUGAAAAAACAGAGAUAAAUAUCUUUAUGAUUCUCCAUCUCUCUGUAUGUGUGUGAUAAAAGAAAAUCUCAGUUCAUAAAUAGAACAGACUACUACUA